AAAAAAAGAAAAAGAUAGGCACAAAAGUUGGAGUUUGCAGUUUUGUAUUAUGUAGGGUGUUCAGCAUGUCAACAACAUCCAAACUAACUCUUGGUGCAUCUAUAGUAUUCACUGCAGCUAUCGUGGGCUAUGUGCACUUUAAACAAAAGAGUGAUCGAGAGAAACUACGUGAAGGUGUGUACAAAGAUAUAGAGAGACAGCAUAUGAAGAAACAACAGAAUAUAAAGCUCAUGCAGGAUCAGUUGGAGUUGGAGAAAAUUUUAAAGAGAGAGAGAAGUGAAGAAGGAUAAAAGUGAAGUUGACAACAUAUGACAUUUGAAUCUGGAUGGGAAUGAGAGUUUUUGAAAAUAUAGACAUUUAAAGAAAUGUGAUGUCUUUGGUCACAUAUUCUGAUUCUGAAGAAUCCUGUGAUGAUGUCACAAAGGAUGAUGAUGUCACAAAGGAUAAUGGUGUCACAAAGGAAAAUGAUGUCACUAAGAGGAAACUCCUGGUGGGAAGUGAAGAUGACGGUGAAGCCAAGCGUAAAAAAAAUUCUCAGAAUGGUGGUGAAAGAUUACCCUCAGUGCCUUUAGGAAUACAGCAGAUGUAUGGAGAUAGAUCCAUUGAUGAUGUCAUAGAUUCAUGUGAUCAUAGUGGCAGGGUGCGAUCUUUUGCUCAUGAGCGGGGUAAUUGGGCCACUUAUGUACAUGUCCCAUUUGAAGCAGAUGAAGAAUUUCGAGAAUUUGUAGAUGAAUUAUUGGAGAUGAUCCCAGAAUGUGAAACCCAUGCAAUGGAGGAAUUCCAUAUAAGUCUCUCCCAUACGUUUGUUAUCCGUCAUCAUUGGAUAAAACCUCUCGUCAACUCAUUGCGGAAGAAAUUAGCAUCACACGAUAGUACAUACAUCACAAUGGAUGCCGUGAACUGUUAUACCAAUGAUGAAAAAACAAGAAGUUUUCUUUCACUUGCUGUGACAGUCGGCCAUGAUAUGCUGUGUAAAAUGGUACACACUGUUGAUUCUGCCCUGGUCGAGUAUAAUCUACGGGAGUACUACAAGGAGCCAUCCUUACAUAUGAGUAUAGCUUGGAGUCUGGGAGAAAGUCUUAAUAAAUUGACACCAGAAACUAAAAAAAAUCUGCAAGAAAAACUUGAUGAAUUUAUGGUUGAUAAUCCAGAGGUUUUGACCUUCAAUGUAACAGAAUUAAAGUGUAAGACUGGAAAUAAAUAUUUUAACUUUCCAUUGGGUGCCAAAUAAGAAAUCAGCAUUAGUAUUUCAAGGAAUGGUGUUAUCAUAAUAUUAUUGGAUAAUGACUGCCUUGGCAUUAGCAGGUGUCAUGCAAUAC